GGUUCGCCCCCUACUCAGUCUCCUUCUCCCCAAGACCUAAACCCCGCUUCGGCUUUCGUCUGCCUCAAUCCGCCCCCCGCACCAUCUACUCGCCCUCGCCGCCUUCCUCUCCCUCUCCUCGAUCCGCGCCGGCGGCGGCCGCUUCUCGUCUACUCCAAUGGCGACUGUGCCAGUUAACCCAAAACCUUUCUUAAACAAUCUGACAGGGAAGCCUGUAAUUGUCAAACUUAAGUGGGGUAUGGAGUACAAAGGGUAUCUUGUUUCUGUGGACUCCUAUAUGAAUCUUCAGCUUGCGAACACAGAGGAGUACAUUGAUGGGCAAUUCUCUGGAAACCUGGGAGAGAUUCUGAUCAGGUGCAACAACGUUCUGUAUCUUCGAGGCGUUCCAGAGGAUACAGAGAUAGAGGAUGCGGAGUGAGAAGACGUGCACCAUGUUUAGAUUAUGGAUGUAAUAUGCCUCUAGCAUGUAUGUUCGGGUCAUCGGGUGAGCCUGUGAUGACCAAUUCUGCUGGACCCUAGCUUUAAUCUUAUGAGUGAUGAAACAUGAUGGCAGUUGGUACUAGGGAUGCUUUUUAAGCUGCUUUCAUUUAGACUACUGUCAUUCUGCUGAAUGUGAGAAGGAUCGGAAUUCUUGAGCAAUUCCUUUCCUUUUACCUGCCAAAUCAAAUUAUCUGAAUGUGAAUGUGAGAGAUGUGUUGGACGUUA